GUAUAUCUUUGUUUUGUGUUUUUUUUUUUUUUUUGUUCUCUUGAACUCAUUAGUAAGCAACAUGUUCUUGGUCUGGAUUACUUUUUUCUUUUAAUAAUUAAAUCAUGCCAUUUCCUUGGAUGUGGUGCUCUUGCAUCUUUUUGUUUUUUUGGGAAGAUUUUGCAAAAGCUUGAAUCACAGUACUUGUAGAUAUUGAAUGAGUUUCAGGUUUGAGGAUUUAUGUUGGAUCCAUUUGUAUGUGUUUGAUUUAAUCUAUUGAGUUACUAUUAGGCUUUGGAAUGGAAAGAUUAAUUCAAGGAAGGGCAACACUGGGGGUUGUAGUUGUAAGUUUGUUGGUGAUCUUGUGUUUAAAAUUUCAGGGCGGUUCUAUCAGAUAGACCUCUACUCAAAUCACUUAAUAAGGCUAUGAGUCAUAGCCUUUGGCAUAGGUUUAAUGCAUUAUUAUUAGCAAACAGUCUGUAAAGUUUGGAGCAUGGUGUGGGAUCAUUUUUGUGUAAAAGUGGUUUGCCCUUCGGAUAAAUUAGUUUGACUUGAGAUUUUGAGAAUCUCUUUUGGAUUUUGAAGGACAGGCACCUAAUUGAUGGGUGAAAUAUGUAAAUUUGUAGUGAUUGGACUUCAUUGGAAGUUCAUUGUUAGACUAUUAUGAUUGUUGAUGAAUGUCACAAUCAGCCGAAGGGAAAUCUGUAGGGACCAUGAAUUGGGAUGGGAAUAGAGGAUUAGAUUUCACAUGCUUCUAUGGAAUGUUUUUCUUAAUCAUAUCACUUAAUGCCUCUUUCUGCUCACCUUUUUUGACUGGAGUACAAUCUUCUCAUUAAUUUCCUGGUGUGAAUAUCUUUAGAUUCUGUAAUGAUUUAGAGUAUCAUACUUUCAUAUUGCUGAGAAGGUGUUUAAUCAUGUGAACUUCCUCCGAGGAAUAUAUAUGUCAUUUUUAGGUUUUUUUUUCCUUCUUUGGUCCAUCUAUCAUAUUUUUCAACCCUUGUUGGCGUAAUAAGUUUCCAUGUUAUAUCAUGAUUUGCUGACUAAUUUUCUGCAAGGUGCCAUUUCUCAGCCUUUAAUCUGUAACAGUAUUUUUGGCUUCUUUACUUGUUGAAGGGCCAAAAGAAUGGAAUUGAUAUCUAAAAUUGUAUUUCUUUGAACACAAAAAUAAAGAAAGUGAUGAAGUUUGACGAGGAGUUUAACUUGAAAUGAUGAGAACAUAUUUAGGAUGAAAAUAUCAGAUUUUUAACUUGGAUGUUCAAUGUGUAGAUAGAAAAGGUAAAAUUUGAGUCAAAUUAGUUUUUCCUUAUAAUCUAGAACGCAUGUCAUUUCUCCUAUUUUGGAAGUAUGUGAUUUGGAGUUGAAUGUUUUAAGCAGUGAAAUACUUUUUGAUGGUCCAACUAACUUUUGAAUUUUCUACUAAUAUAUUAUAUUUAUGUUUGAGGUGGACAUGCAUAUAUCACCAAAAUGUGUGCUCUAGACGUAUUGGCUUUCCAAUUUAUAGGGAUAUUAUAUUUCUGUGUUCCGUCCAUAGUUUUGCCUGGUGUCCUCAAAGGUGCUCUUUGUUCUGUCAAAUUUCUGAUGACCUUUUGCCCCUUUCAUGCUCUAAGCUGUUAACCACUUUAGCAAGCUGUAUCAUUUCGAGAAAUGGUCAUGGAGCCUGAUGGACCCAGACGAGCAAGGAAAAGAAAUUAUUUGGUUCAAGAAAAUGGUGAUUAUAAUUCGUUAAGCAUGGGUGAAGAUCUUGAUCCCUGGACUGCAUGGGCGUACAAGCCUCGUACUAUAUCAUUAUUACUUAUUGGUGCAUGCUUCCUUAUGUGAGUGUUUUGUGCAAUAGCUGGGCCAGUGGAGCCCUUGAUCCUCAAAACGCAGCACAUGAGGAUAGUGCUAUUUCUGUUAAAAGGGGUGUAUGGGCUAUGAUUUCAGUAUUUCUUGCCUAUUGUUUGCUGCAAGCCCCAUCAACGAUUUUGAUUAGGCCACAUCCAGCCAUUUGGCGUUUGGUGCAUGGAAUGGCUGUCAUUUACUUGAUAGCACUUACCUUUUUGCUGUUUCAGAGUCGUGAUGAUGCUCGACAGUUUAUGAAGUUUCUCCAUCCUGACCUCGGUGUUGAGCUUCCAGAAAGAUCUUAUGGUGCUGAUUGUCGUCUUUAUUUACCUGAAAAUUCCAAAAGCAGGUUUAAGAAUGUUUAUGAGACACUUUUUGAUGAAUUUGUUCCAGCUCAUAUAAUUGGAUGGUGGGGCAAGGCUAUAAUGAUUCGUAACCAAGCUCUACUGUGGGUGUUGUCAAUUGGGUUUGAAAUGAUGGAGCUAACCUUUCGCCACAUGUUACCAAACUUCAACGAGUGUUGGUGGGACAGUAUCGUUCUUGAUAUUUUGAUAUGUAACUGGUUUGGCAUCUGGGCAGGAAUGCGUACUGUUCGAUACUUCGAUGGUAAAACAUACAAGUGGGUUGGUCUAAGUCGUCAACCUAAUAUUAUUGGGAAAGUCAAACGAACACUGGGACAAUUCACACCAGCACAGUGGGACAAAGAUGAGUGGCACCCAUUACUUGGUCCAUGGCGUUUCAUUCAAGUUAUAAGCCUUUGCAUCGUCUUCCUGACAGUAGAGCUCAAUACAUUCUUUUUGAAGUUUAGUCUUUGGGUACCCCCAAGGAAUCCUGUGAUCAUAUAUAGACUAAUCUUGUGGUGGCUGAUUGCAAUCCCAACAAUUCGGGAGUAUAAUUCCUACCUUCAAGAUCGAAAGCCCGUGAAGAAAGUUGGCGCAUUUUGUUGGCUAUCGCUUGCAAUUUGCAUCAUUGAACUUCUUAUUUGUAUAAAGUUUGGACAUGGUUUAUAUCCCAAACCAAUGCCUCUUUGGUUGGUAAUAUUCUGGAUCUCGGUUGGAGGUGCAGUUGUAUUAUUCCUUUUAAUUUGGUCGUGGCAAUCACAUCAACGUUUAGCAAGAAAGAAGCAAUGAUCUCUCAGCAGCAGUGGUAGACUAUUCUUUGGUUUCUUCUUGUCACAAGGAGGAUUACCGUGUAAAUAUUUUACCCACAUUGAUUGUACAUGAGUUUCCUCUCAGAAAAUGGACUCAUUUCCAGAUCAGUAAUCUUUUUCUUUUUGAGAAUUAUGUUUCUUGAGUGGAAAAUUUUCUUUUUCUA